AUGGUUAAGACGGCUAAGCCUGCGACCUCCUCGGGCAAGUUUGCUGCAAAAGCAGUGAAGAGGGAGCCCAAGGCCGCUGCCAAGAGGACGGCCAAGGCGCCCACACCCAAGUCGCAAGCAGUGAAGACCGAGCCAACAGAAGCAGUGGGCAAGAUCGGCAUGGAGAGAGGCCAGCUGUCGGGACUGCUGACCUCGCUGUCCUACCAGUGCAAGGCCAAGAAAGCCACCCCCGAGCACAGAGCAGCAGCAGCGAAGAUCCUCAGCGACUACAAGGCAGCAGACGUGAGUGGCAAGAGCAAGAUCUUGGAGAAGCUUGUGCAGAGUGGCAUGCACUGCUUGGACUGGGCCAACGAGCUGACGAAGAACACGGAGGUUCAACACGAGGAAGCGAAUGAGUUUCUGAAAGGCUUCAUGACCCGGUCCAAAAUCCUGGAGCUCAAUGGCCUGAACGAAAGCAACCUUUCAGAGCAGGUGGCAGCCGACACCUUGCAGGACCUCCUGAGAGAGUCCGAGGAAAGGUUCAAGCACACCAGGCAAGAGCAGCCGCACAAGAACAAACUCCUGCAUCGCUACUUCUACAAGAUGCAGAAGGAGAGCACAGAGAGAGACUCUGCCACCGACACGACUCGGCACAGUCAGACGGGAACCAUGGAUGGUGAAUUGGGCUCGUUGAUGGAUGCCUUCGGCAGUGGUGCCACUUCCAGCAUUGAGGUGGACAUGAAGGGUGCCUUCAACAAGAACGUCCUGCUGCUUAAGCAGUACAAGCCGAAGCUCAACAAGCUGCACCAGGAAGGCCUCGAUUGCUGCCUCGCCUGCGAACCCACGAAGAACGUGGUCGUACCGGGACGAAUCGUUUGGGCACACAUUGUCGAAGCAUGCUGUUCGCAGGGGCGGGGAGUUCAGCAUGCUCGGAGUUUCAAGGGCAAUGUUGCAGAAGUUUGCAGCAAGCAAUCCAAAACCACCACUUUUGCGAGCCAGCUCAGUCAAAAAAAGGCUUCAGACCGUGCUUUAUUAGCCUCUGUCACGAGACAUCAUCUUGCAUGUACCACACCAAAAACCUUUAAUUAA